AUGUCUUCUGCAAUUGUUACUGGUACCACAGGUUCGCCCCUCCUGACUAGCAAGUCGUUGGUAUCUCUUCCCAAGCCUGUACUCGUAUCAUCUCGUACACCAGGUAUCCUGGGCCGUGAAAUCAUUCACGCCCUCGGCAAAGACCCUAAACAAUGGCGAACCGUACACGCCUUGUCAAGGAGUCAGAAGGAGACAUACCAAUCGAACUUGAAGCACGAUACUGUUGAUCUAACACUGGAUGCUAGAGUAAUGGCAAAACAACUUGAGGGCGUCGAGGCAGAGCACCUUUUCUUCGCUGCCUACUUACAGAAAGACUCCGAUGAGGAGAGCUGGAACGUCAACGGCGCAAUGUCAGCGAACUUCCUCAACGCCCUCGACAUCACUGGCGCAUCCAAGAAGCUCAAACCUGUCAUUGUCACAACAGGCGCAAAGCAUUACGGUGUACAUCUCGGCUGCCCAAAACAGCCCAUGGAAGAAUCGGACCGAUGGAUCGAAGGCGAAGGGCGCCCCUCGAACUUUUACUACCAUCAAAAGCGUAUCCUCUCCAAGAAAGCAAAGAAAUCCAACUAG